AAAAUCCAGCAGCUGUCCGAAGGGUCCAUGUUUGGCCAUGGCCUGAAGCACCUUUUCCACAGCCGCCGGCGGUCACGCGAGCGGGAGCCCGAGAACGCGCAGGCCCCGCUCCCGCCGCACUACGGCAUGUCUGACCACGACUCCCCCGACGAGAAGGAGCGGUCCCCGGAGAUGCACCGCGUCUCCUACGCCAUGUCCCUGCACGACCUCCCGGCGCGUCCCACCGCCUUCAACCGGGUGCUGCAGCAGAUCCGCUCUCGCCCUUCCAUCAAGCGCGGCACCAGCCUGCACAGCGGCAGGCGGGCGGGCCACGACGAGAUGGGGGGCGCACCAACACAGGGCCGCCCCAGGUCCUCCUCCCCCCCUGACACUGCCAUCCUCCUGGCCGAGAGCGGGACCGUCUACCUGCUCACCGAGGACACCGAGUGCCUGGCCGAUAAGCUGGACAAGGGGGACGUGACCGCGCUCAGCCUGCCCUCCACCGCCGGGCACGGCGACGCCGACGGCACCGUCUGCCUGGACGUCCCCGAUGGCACCCCUGACCCUCACAGGACAAAAGCCGCCAUCGAGCACCUGCACCAGAAGAUCCUCAAGAUCACCGAGCAGAUCAAGAUUGAGCAGGAGGCUCGGGAUGACAAUGUGGCUGAGUACCUGAAGCUGGCCAACAACGCAGACAAGCAGCAAGCCUCCCGCAUCAAGCAGGUUUUCGAGAAGAAGAACCAGAAGUCGGCACAGACCAUCGCGCAGCUGCACAAGAAGCUGGAGCACUACCACAAGAAGCUGAAGGAGAUCGAGCAGAACGGCCCUUCCCGGCAGCCCAAGGAUGUCUUCCGGGACAUGCACCAGGGUCUCAAGGACGUGGGCGCCAACGUUCGCUCCAGCAUCAGCGGCUUCGGCGGCGGCGUGGUGGAGGGCGUCAAGGGAGGGCUCUCGGGUCUGUCCCAGGCCACCCACACCGCCGUGGUCUCCAAGCCCCGGGAGUUCGCCAGCCUCAUCCGGAACAAGUUUGGGAGCGCAGACAACAUCGCCCACCUGAAGGACACGCUGGACGACGGGCACCCGGAGGAGACUCUGGACAGCCACCACAAUAACUUCGACACCAUCCUGGAGGAGCUCCGGGAGAUCAAGGACAGCCAGUCACAUCUGGAAGACUCCAUGGAGGACCUCAAGGCACAGCUGCAGCGGGAUUACACCUACAUGACACAGUGCUUGCAAGAGGAGCGGUACAGGUACGAGCGUCUGGAGGAGCAGCUGAACGACCUCACCGAGCUUCACCAGAAUGAAAUGACCAACCUGAAGCAGGAGCUGGCCAGCAUGGAGGAGAAGGUGGCCUACCAGUCCUACGAGAGGGCACGGGACAUCCAGGAGGCGGUGGAGUCCUGCCUGACACGGGUGACCAAGCUGGAGCUGCAGCAGCAGCAGCAGCAAGUGGUGCAGCUGGAAGGGGUGGAGAACGCCAACGCCCGGGCACUGCUGGGCAAGUUCAUCAACGUCAUCCUGGCCCUGAUGGCCGUGCUGCUUGUCUUCGUCUCCACCAUCGCCAACUUCAUCACCCCGCUCAUGAAGACCCGCAUGCGCAUCCUCAGCACCGCCCUGCUCGUCCUCUUUCUCUUCUUCCUCUGGAAGCACUGGGACUCCAUCACCUACUUUCUGGAGCACGUCCUGCUCCCCAGCUGAUCUGCAGCCCGGCCACAGCAGCCCCAGGGGCUUUCAAUUUCCCGCAGAGGAGAGGGCCAGGGGGACGGUGGUCCAAAGCCUUUGGGUUGUUUCUUCACACGCUCGGUUUGGUUGCUUUCCCCGCCCGCCAUCCUCGCUGCAGCCAGUGGCAAUUGCUCGGAGCGUGGCGUGUCGGAGCCGGGAUC